AUGUCGCUGACUACAGUGGUCUCAACCGUGCUGCUCUCGCUGCUCCUUCAACCUUCCCUUUGUCAAACGCCCAUGAACAUGCUAAUAGUGUUCGGGGAACGAGACACGUCGAUUCUCAGUCUCUUAAACGAAGCUGUACCUCAGGCUGAGAAAAGUUUCGGCGAAGAUAUAAUCACUGUCCACAUAUCUACCGUUUCUGUGGAUCGAACAGACGUCGUUGCGAGUUUUCAAAAAGUGUGUGCAGCCUUGUAUAAGGGAGUCAGUAUUAUACUCGACAUGACCUGGACGGGGUGGGAACGGCUACAGAUUUUGGCAGACGAGAACGGAAUAAUAUACAAACGGGGCGAUUGCAGUAUAAACGCGUACGUCCAAGCGAUCGACGAUCUUUUGAUGUUGAAGAACGCGACGGACGUUGGCCUGAUCUUCGAAGAUGAAAGGGAGCUGAAUCAGAGCCUUUACUAUCUCAUAGGGAAUUCGAUCAUAAGGCUGGUGGUGAUCGACGAAUUUACGGAGAAGACCGUAUCGAGAAUUAGGAGCAUGAGGCCGUCGCCUUCUUAUUAUGCUAUUUACGCUACUGCGAAUAAAAUGGAGGAUCUUUUCAGAACGGCUGUCCAAGGUGGACUGGUGAGAAGAGAUGGAAUAUGGAACCUGGUUUUCACUGACAAUAAUUACAAAGACUUUAAAUACGUCAAUGGAGAAAUGCAAUUAAACGUAUCUAUCACGAUCUUAUCAAUGAAAUUGAACGUCUGCUGUAGAUUACUCAACGAACCAUCUUGCAGCUGCCCUCCUGAUUUUCAAAUUUUCUCGCAUUACUUUAAACGAUUGAUAGGUCUGUUAGUAAAUAUGAUGAGCGAUCUUCAAAAAUCUGGCAUCAGCGUAGAACCGAAGAGUGGGAAAUGUUCCGCGGAGAAUCAGACUCAAGCUUCGAACGUCACAUCCGAGGCGUUCAACAAGAAUUUAUUAGCGAAAUUAGGAGGUAAUGACACUUUCGAGUACUGGUCCGACAAAGCGAUGAUCACGUACAAAGCUGAAAUCGAGUUUGAGACUCUCGAGAAUGGAAUGCUAGAGCCACUGGCUACCUGGACCAGGCAGACUAAAAUCAAAGAAGUCGAAGGGAAGAAGAUUGUAUCUGCCAGGAGAUUCUUUCGAAUUGGAACUACCCCCUCGAUACCCUGGAUGAUGCCUAUGAUGGAUCCGAAAACUAACAAACAGAUGAGGAACGAGCACGGUCGAGAAAUGUGGGAGGGAUACUGUAUAGAUUUUAUAAAAAAAUUAUCAGAAGAGAUGCAGUUUGAUUACGAUCUCGUUAUACCGCAGGAUCGGCAAUUUGGGAAGAAAUUACCUAACGGGCAAUGGGACGGUUUGAUCGGAGACCUUGCGAAAGGGGAAACUGAUAUUGUAAUAGCAGCAUUGACAAUGACCUCGGAACGGGAGGAAGUUAUCGAUUUCGUAGCACCCUAUUUCGAGCAAUCGGGCAUACUAAUUGUAAUGAGGAAACCAGUGCGCAAGCCGUCGCUCUUUAAAUUUAUGACAGUACUCAAAGUGGAAGUGUGGUUGAGUAUCGUGGGAGCUUUGACUCUCACUGGUAUCAUGAUUUGGAUAUUGGACAAGUAUUCUCCAUAUAGCGCUAGGAACAAUAAACAAUUGUAUCCGUACCCUUGUCGUGAAUUUACGUUGAAAGAAAGCUUUUGGUUUGCUCUAACGUCUUUCACGCCGCAAGGCGGUGGCGAAGCACCCAAAGCUUUAUCUAGCAGAACAUUGGUGGCUGCAUACUGGCUUUUCGUUGUUCUGAUGCUCGCUACGUUCACCGCAAACCUGGCAGCUUUCCUUACCGUGGAAAGGAUGCAGUCUCCCGUGCAAUCUUUGGAGCAAUUGGCGAGGCAGUCGAGGAUCAAUUAUACUGUACAGGCGAAUUACACGGUGCAUCAGUACUUUAUGAACAUGAAGAAUGCAGAGGAUAAACUGUACACAGUGUGGAAGGAAAUUACGUUGAACAGUACCAGCGAUCAAGUUGAGUACCGCGUAUGGGACUAUCCGAUCAAGGAACAAUACGGUCACAUAUUACAGGCGAUAACGCAGGUCGGUCCGGUGAAAACCGAUGAAGAAGGCUUUCGAAAGGUGAUAGAAAGCGAGAACGCAGAGUUCGCUUUCAUCCACGACUCGUCCGUGAUAAAGUAUGAGGUAACGAGGAAUUGCAACUUGACGGAGGUUGGCGAGGUGUUCGCCGAACAGCCUUACGCAAUCGCCGUUCAGCAGGGAAGCCACUUGCAAGAAGAAAUUAGCAGAAGAAUUCUGGACCUGCAAAAGGAUAGGUAUUUCGAAACAUUGGCAGCCAAAUAUUGGAAUCAGACGCUGAGGGCACAGUGCGUUAAUUCCGACGAUAACGAGGGCAUAACGUUGGAGAGUUUAGGGGGAGUGUUUAUCGCAACCCUAUUCGGCCUCGCAUUGGCGAUGGUUACGUUAGCAGGAGAGGUGAUUUACUACAGAAAACGAAAGGAUCCUCAAAAAGAGAAGCGGAAAGACAAGAAGAAAUCGAAGGUUACUGACAAGGAGAAGAUGAUGAUACAGAAGAUGGCCUCGAAGUUGCAAAUCAAACCAGCGCCCACCAAUCCGUUCCUGGAGAAGUCGAUGAAUCCACCGCGAAUAUCUCACAUCUCUGUGUACCCUCGUAACUUUCCCUUUAAAGAGUAAACGACAUGACUAGAUUGUGGGGUUUUAUUAACAUCAAUUCAAUAUAUGUAAUUUCUUUUAUCGGUUUCUUUCAUCGAUUUAAUAAAUGUGCUUAUAUGUUUCUGUAUAUCGCAUAAAGUAUUUAUUUUUUAUUUCUUUCUAAAUGCAUCCCCAGUCUAGUCAAGCCUAAAGAAGAUUCAUCGAUGGUUUGGAAACAGGAUUGGAAUUUGAUAAUAGUUUUGAUAAAAAGGAGCGCAGCGUAACGAGAUUGGCAGCCGUUUAACCGAGGUUUUUCUCUCUUUCACAAUGUUUACCGAUUCUUCACGCCUCGCGUAACCCCCGGAAACAAUAGACGAUGCCUGUUUCCUAAGACGAUCUGUAGGCAAAGGAUGUUUCACUUUCGUUACGAUCAAAAAUUUA